CAAGUGGAACUGGAGGAAAUGUCAUCAUUGGUAAAGGAGGACUUGGAGAAGAAACUGUUUAAGCCACUCUCGCAGAAUCUGUACGAGUUUAUCGAAAUAGAGUUCUCUGUCCAGGACAGGUAUUACCUCUGUGUGUCAGUGACCAAAAAUGAAGAAGUGAAAAUAAUUAUGGUGAAACACUACAGAACAGGUUUAGAUGAAAAAUAUGAAGUAACAAAAAAGUGGUCUUUGAAUGAUCUGCAGAUGAUUGAUGGAAAAGAAGCAGAUACUGACAACCCAUUUUUUGAUCUGCACUUCAAGAAAGUGUACAGAUUGGAAGCAUAUAGUUGUGCUUCUAAAUAUGCCUUUGCUCGAACUGUAAAUAAGCUGAACCAUGCGUACCUUAAGAAGGACUUACAGAUCGUGAACUUUGACUCUACUUACAUUGAUGACGAUUCCUUUUGGUCCUCCAACAACAAGGAUUGCUUGGUUCUUAUGAGAAUAUGCUUUUAUGCCUUCAAUCUGCUGUGUCUGUCCCUGUGCCCCCUGCCACUCUGAAGAUGCAUACCAUUUUCUUUCAUCAGUAUUCUAUGAAAAUGGCUAAGUAAAUAUUGGUAGAUUUUUCCCCCCUUCAUCAGUGACUGUUCUUUAUAUGAAAAUAAAGUGAUGCUUU